AUGACCGACGGUUUGUCCUCCUCGGCAUUGCCACUCAGGAGGCACCCCCACGGCACCUUAACAGGACCUGCCACAGUCCCCCUGACUGACUCGGCCUCCCCAGCACCAGCAUUAGCCUCAUCAACUUCACAAACCAACACCCUCGCCAAUAGACUCACCACACAACGGUCCCGCCAGAGUGUUCUUCAAGAAGAGGACGUCACGCCAGGAUAUGAACUCCAGUGGUCUCAUCUCAUCCAUGCCGAAAUCAUCUCUGUCACAAGUGCCAUGCGACGAAACUCGCGUUGGUCUGGAAUGAGCGUCAGCGGAAUGAGUAUGGGCAGCCUUGGUAUGAACAUGGGUCUCCGUGGACGUGAGAACCUGAAAGAAGGCACCUAUCGCAACCAGGAGAGUCCCCUCAUGGUCGGGUUUAACGAACUGAGAUCUCGCCUUGCCACAACAACUUCUGCCAAAGACAUGGAUGCUGUCGCAUUGCUCGAACCCUUUCUCCAGGUCAUCCAGUCAGGCGAUACCAAUGGACCCAUCACUGGUGCAGCACUGACUUCAGUGGAGAAAUUUCUCAUGUACAAGAUCAUCAACAAAGACUCGCCUAAUGUCUCCCAUGCGAUGCAGCGGUUGGCGGUGGCAGCAACUCAUUGCAAGUUCGAAGCUAGCGAUUCUGUUUCGGAUGAGAUCGUUCUUUUGAAGAUUCUUCAGGUGCUACGCAUUGCCCUGACCAGCGGUCCAGGAAACACUCUGAGCGACGAGUCUGUUUGCUCCAUGAUUGAGACCGGACUCAGCAUGUGCUGUCAACUUCAAUUGAGCGAAAUGUUGAGGAAAUCUGCAGAACACACCAUGACAGUCAUCACACAGACAAUGUUUGAAAAGCUUCGUACCAUCCCUAUUCCUAUAGAAUCGGCUGAAGGUGAAUCAUCAGAAGCAGAUGAUAGCGAGACAAUCCUUGUUCAGCCCGCCAGCAUUCAGGACAGCACAGACCAGGUCGACCUCACCAUCAACCAUAAUCCUGCAACUGUGGAAACGGAAGCCGAGGCUCUUUUAUCAGAAAAGUCUAAGGCUAACAUAGAUGAGCGAGAAAAGCAGCAGGAAUACGAGAAGGAGAACGCCACAUUGAACAAUGACCCCGAAUCCGCCGAGACCCUUCUCGAAGUUGAACCACCAAAAUCCUACGGCCUUCCUUCGAUUCGGGAACUCCUUCGUGUCUUGAUCUCGCUCUUGAACCCCCAAGACCAGCAGCACACGGAUCGCAUGCGUUUGAUGGCCUUGAGCAUUUUGGAUGUCGCAUUGGAGGCAGGCGGCAGGAGUAUCACCAAGUUUCAUGCUCUUAUGGCCCUUGUAUCCGACGAUAUGUGCAAGCACCUGUUUCAACUUGCCAGGACUGAUAAUAUCCCCAUUUUGGCAUUGACACUGCGCGUAAUUUCGACCGUCUUUGACACCAUGAAGACCGACUUGAAGCUGCAACAGGAGCUCUUCCUCUCUUUUUUGCUGGAUCGUUUGAGCCCUCCAGCGUUUGCUGUCAAGCCCCUUCCCUUCAACCCUGACUUUGGCGAACCUCCACGGCCCAUUGUCACCCCUGAACCCGAAAACAGUUCUCGUGCUGGAUCACCGAGCCCUUCUGUCAAGAGCUCCAAGGGUGAAAAGGUCGAACUCACCACCGCACAUGGAGAAGUUCGCGAGCUUCUUUUGGAGUGUCUGGGCCAGUUUGCUCGCUCGCCUACGUUCAUGGCUGACCUCUGGGUCAACUAUGACUGUGGUCUGGAUACUUGUGAUUUGUUCCAGGAUAUGGUCAAGUUCUUAACAAGGGUAAUGGCCUACUCUUGCCUUCUGGAGAUUGGAAUAGUUGGCCACUAUCACAAAACAUGCGGAAACUAA